AAGAUUUAGUCCGUUACAUCUUCGGCGUGCAAAGGGGCAAAAACCGAGAAUCAAGAAUCGACUGCCUGGGGCUGGGAGUCAAGUUCCUCGUCUCCUACUACAAGCUAAAUUAUUGGAUUCGCUUCACUGGCAUAAUCACCCGCUCUUGAAUUCAUCAAGGGUUGACGUUGCUGUUUUCCGAUUCAAGGUUGUGGGUAUUGGGGUUUUACGUCAUGUCAAGUAAGAAGGAAGAGAAAGGUCAGGCUGCGGCCGACAGGAUCAAGGCUGCAGCAUUGAGUGCUGCAAAAGGUCUUAGUCGUGCCCAGGCUGAAAGGGCUGCAGCUGCUGCUGCCCGUAAUGUCAAUGCUUAUGGGCAGAAGGAAGAAGGGCCUAGCCGAUGGCAAGAGAAAAGGGAAGCCAAACGGCAGAUGUACUUGAUGAGUACAGAAAAACAAGUGAGAUUGGGUGAAAGAAAAGACCUUAAGUCUACAAUGUCCGCUGUUGGUGGUACCGCUCAGUGUCAGAAAUGUUUUCAAACUGGACACUGGACUUUUGAGUGCAAGAAUGAAAGAGUUUAUAUGUCACGACCUUCGAGGACACAGCAGCUUAAGAACCCUAAAUUGAGGAUGAAACUCCCUCCUCUCUCUUAUGAGUUGGAUAACCCGGAUGCUAAGGAGCAGAAGGGUAAAGCAUCUAAGAAAAGCAAGAGGAAGCAUAGAUCAGAUUCUCAUUCUGGCAGUGAUAGUGAGGCUUCGGUUUUUGAGAGUGAUAGUGGAUCUUCGUCUAUGACAGAAGCAGAAUCUUCUUCGGAGGAAGAGAGUUCAGAUUGCAGCUCAUCAUCUGAUUCGGAAGAAGAGAGUAGGCGGCAGAGGAGGAAGAAGAAGAAGAAGCAGAAGAAGGAGAGGCGUAGGAGGUACAGGUCAACUUCGGAGUCCUCUGAUUCUGAUUUAGGUUCAGAAUCUGAUUCUGAAGAUAGGAGCAGCCGGGGGAAAAGGAGGCACUGCAGAAAUCGCUAAAUGAGUUGGUCAAAAGCAGACUAGAUUAAUGAAUCAUAUUGGCUUCACUUUAUUCUGCAUAUACCUUAUAUCAUGCUCUUGGAGCUUAUCGAAUGAGAGCAAAAAUUAGUUAGCAGAUGUGUUUGUUUUUCAUUUCCUUUCCUCAGGUCUUACUUUGUGAUGUAAUAGUCCUGAGUCAGCGUAGUUCUCGUAUCAUGUUGAACUUUUUGUUGGUAUGAUGGUGGGUUUUCCUAUAUUAAUGAACUUGAUUUUACAAGUUAAGCAGGA